AGAAUGCUAUGCACCCUUACUUGUCAACUGGGAUUCUAGUUAUGUUAUGGAUGUACUUUUAGCAUCAUACAGCUGUAGCUACCAAGAGACUGUUGAGUUCUGGGUAAUGCCUGCAACCUGGGGAUAAAAUAGGGGUCUUGUGGGUAUUUUAACCUGUUUUAUUUGCUUUUUUUUAUUGUUAUGGAGAUUCAAACAUGAAUUUAAAAUAUACAUGUAAAAGCCUUUUAAUCCAAUCAAAUCCGAGGACAUCUAUUGACAAUUUACUCUGUACACCAGCUCAACAUUUACAAAAUUAAUAAAGAAAUGAAAUGUCUUUGUGUAUAGUGUGUAUACUUUUGUGUGAGACACUUGCACGUGAUACAAGUGCACCCAACUGCUGAUGAUCAUUCCGUAGUUUCGAACAAACCAAGUAUUAUAAACAUGCUGAAGUGCCUCGGGCCUCUUCCUGUCUAUACUGCUGUUAUGAAAAUGAUUAUCUUAUUCGACUUUCACCAAAGUACUGAAUGUUUAACAUAAUGGUCUCUUUGAAACUCUGUCUAUUUAUAUGUUUGCGUUUGCAAUGAGUCCACCAGUGGUUAAACCCUGUUUGACUGUAUAAAAAAGGAAAAGUAGGUAAGAUUACAUUUUUAAUAUCCAUUGAAUAAAUGCAGUCCUGCAAAACCAGCAGCUAUUGCUUGUGUAUGCCACAGGUUAAGGUUAUAAUUAAACUGGUUGUAGUUCAUCUAACAAGGUCAGAGGAAGUUCUGGAUCUAUUAAGAUAUAAUAUACGAGUUAUACAGCCAUUGCACAGGCAUUGUAUGCCAGUAGGGGGCGCAAUACGUUUAUCGUGUCCACCUCGAGUCUGGAGCAUUCCCCUGCAGCCUGUCUGCGUGUUGUUUUGUGUGCAUGUACAGAGUGAGUGGAAGCAGAGAAACGAGUGCUCGGGUCCUUUUAAAGACAGAACCUCAACACUUUGUAUGCGAGACUGCGUGUUGUAAUGUGACCAAUUUAGAUACAUUUCAUAAUUUGCACUUUUGAAAAAGAGGUAUUUAUUUUUAUUUAUGCGAAAGUGUGCAUUCUGUUGAGCCAAACAGGCGCGGUGUGGCUGUGUUGUUUUGUAAAACCAAGACUUUUUGCCUGUUUCAUACUGUUCAGUUAGCCAGUUUUAGUGUAAUAUAGUUCAGACAAGAUGUCCACUGACUGCAAGAAGACCACUGCCACGGACAUCCCGUCGACCAGGAGGGUGUCCAUCAACGACGCGGCGCACAUGCCCCUGGACUACUCCACUACUCCCGGUGGCACCCUGUUCAGCACGACCCCGGGUGGUACCAGAAUCAUCUACGACCGAAAGUUCCUGCUGGGGUGUCGCAGCUCUCCGGUGGCCAAGACUCCUCCGCGCGGUCUGCCCAAAAUUCCGGGGGUGACCAGUCCUCCCUCCAAGGACACCGAUGAGAAGGCCCAUAAUAGAGAACUACCGAACAACGUCACUGCAGCUGACAGCAGCAACACUGGUGAUGACUCACAGUUCGAAAUUGACAUCUAGGUGGUCCUGGAGCGAGUCAGACUUACCAACACGAUGCUGUGAAGAGAGGCUCAGGAAACUCCUUCUUUCCCAUCAUCCAUUCCAUGAAGACCGAGGUCCGCCUUCGUUAUCUCCAGUGUCUUAGUGUUUUAAAGUCUGUCUUUAUCGAUCUCAAUUGCUUACUAUGACCAGAACAGAUCUGUAAUGAUUUUCUGUCUGCCGCGAGGCUUACAGCUGAUUUAUGUGUGACAAAGUGUGCCUUCCUACAGUGGCUAUACGUUUCAAAUCAAGACUGAGAAGUAAACGCCAACAAAGCCUCAUCCCUAAGAACUGGGACAAGUUAAUGGAAUGGAAGAUCAACAGGGAAAAGUAAUAAUUGUAAUUUGCUGAAUUUAUCACCAUUCCAGAAGGGUUUUUCUCUUGAUAUGCUUUUAUCUCAACACAGUUCCUGACGCCUUUCAUCAGCUGUUGCCUUGAAAUGUUGAAGAUACUGUAUCAUUUGUUUACUGUGCUCUCAAAAACAAUUUCUUCACCUGAAGUGUCAUACAGAGAAUGUAAAACAUCAUUUUGUUGAUGAAAACAGAUUUUCACACGGUUUGUAGGGUGACAAAGCAUUAAAGCAAACACUUUUUGUCAUGUAUUUGA